AUGUCCCAUUACCAGAAUAAACAACACGAAGACAGUGGCUGGGGGAACGGUAGUCCCAAUUUCAGUGGUAACAGUCAUAAUAGCUACGACGCAGAAAGCUAUGCAGCUGAUUGCGAUGAGGAUGGCGACUACGGCGAGGACCAUAGUCAGUACAAUAGUAUCAACCUUGACAUGGCCAUCACAGGAAUAGAACAUCUGGUCGUCGAUGGGGAUGGGGACGGGAAUGGCGGCCACGACUUCAACGAGACGAACGAGGAUGACUUCAACAAGACGAACGAGGAUGAUUUCAACGAGACGAACGAGGAUGAUUUCAACGAGACGAACGAGGAUGAUUUCAACGAGACGAACGAGGAUGACUUCAACGAGACGAACGAGGACGACUACAAAAAUAAGAGCAGUAACCACGGCGCCAGCUAUCAGACAAGGGGAGAAAAGCAUCCUCAUCCAGACAUAAUUCACGUUCUGGUUAUGAGAGCAUUGGCUGAGAUUGAGUAA